GGCGAGAGGUCCUGCCCAGCUGUUGGCGAGGAGUUUCCUGUUUCCCUCUCGGCGCCCGGGUAAAGUUGAUGAGUGAGUCACUCGCGCGCACCGACCGACGACACCCCCCGCGCGCGCACACGCUCGCCUGGGGGACGGAGCCCCAGCCUCCUGCUCAGCUCUCCUCGGCCGCCGGGGGCCUCCUCCGGGCCUCCGAGCUCCGGGGAUCGCCGGCCACAUCUGGCCCGCAUCCUGAGAGGGCGAGGAGUAAAGGCGCAGCCCGGGGUCCCCGAGGCUCGGUUCGUGGCGCACCAGGGGCCGGUCUAUGACGAGCGACGGGGGCUGCCAUGGGUCGGGGGCUGCUCCGGGGCCUGUGGCCGCUGCAUAUCGUCCUGUGGACGCGCAUCGCCAGCACGAUCCCGCCGCACGUUCCCAAGUCGGAUGUGGAAAUGGAAGCCCAGAAAGAUGCAUCCAUCCACCUAAGCUGUAAUAGGACCAUCCAUCCACUGAAACAUUUUAACAGUGAUGUCAUGGCCAGCGACAAUGGCGGUGCGGUCAAGCUUCCACAGCUGUGCAAGUUUUGCGAUGUGAGACUGUCCACUUGCGACAACCAGAAGUCCUGCAUGAGCAACUGCAGCAUCACGGCCAUCUGUGAGAAGCCGCAUGAAGUCUGCGUGGCCGUGUGGAGGAAGAACGACAAGAACAUUACUCUGGAGACGGUUUGCCACGACCCCAAGCUCACCUACCACGGCUUCACUCUGGAAGAUGCCGCUUCUCCCAAGUGUGUCAUGAAGGAAAAGAAAAGGGCGGGCGAGACUUUCUUCAUGUGUGCCUGUAACAUGGAAGAGUGCAACGAUUACAUCAUCUUUUCGGAAGAAUACACCACCAGCAGUCCCGACCUGUUGUUGGUCAUUAUCCAAGUGACGGGUGUCAGCCUCCUGCCUCCGCUGGGGAUUGCCAUAGCUGUCAUCAUCAUCUUCUACUGCUACCGUGUCCACCGGCAGCAGAAGCUGAGCCCGUCCUGGGAGAGCAGCAAGCCCCGGAAACUGAUGGAUUUCAGUGACAAUUGUGCCAUCAUCCUGGAGGACGACCGCUCCGACAUCAGCUCCACGUGCGCCAACAACAUCAACCACAACACGGAGCUGCUGCCCAUCGAGCUGGACACGCUGGUGGGGAAGGGCCGCUUCGCCGAGGUCUACAAGGCCAAGCUGAAGCAGAACACCUCAGAGCAGUUUGAGACCGUGGCUGUCAAGAUCUUCCCCUACGAGGAGUACUCCUCGUGGAAAACAGAGAAGGACAUCUUCUCCGAUAUCAACCUGAAGCAUGAGAACAUCCUGCAGUUCCUGACGGCCGAGGAGCGGAAGACAGAGCUGGGCAAGCAGUACUGGCUGAUCACGGCGUUCCACGCGAAGGGCAACCUGCAGGAGUACCUCACGAGGCAUGUCAUCAGCUGGGAGGACCUGAGGAAGCUGGGCAGCUCCCUGGCCCGGGGCAUCGCUCAUCUCCACAGUGACCACACUCCUUGUGGGAGGCCCAAGAUGCCCAUUGUUCACAGGGACCUCAAGAGCUCUAACAUCCUAGUGAAGAACGACUUGACCUGUUGCCUGUGUGACUUCGGGCUGUCCUUGCGCCUGGACCCUACUCUGUCUGUGGAUGACCUGGCCAACAGCGGGCAGGUGGGAACGGCAAGAUACAUGGCCCCGGAAGUUCUAGAAUCCAGGAUGAAUCUGGAAAACGUGGAGUCGUUCAAGCAGACGGAUGUCUACUCCAUGGCUCUGGUACUCUGGGAAAUGACGUCCCGCUGCAAUGCUGUGGGAGAAGUGAAGGAUUACGAGCCCCCAUUUGGUUCCAAGGUGCGGGAGCACCCCUGUGUGGAGAGCAUGAAAGACAGUGUGCUGAGAGACCGAGGGCGGCCGGAAAUUCCCAGCUUCUGGCUCAACCACCAGGGCAUCCAGAUCGUGUGUGAGACUUUGACCGAGUGCUGGGACCAUGACCCCGAAGCCCGUCUCACAGCACAGUGUGUGGCAGAGCGCUUCAGUGAGCUGGAGCAUCCGGAGAGACUCUCUGGGAGGAGCUGCUCCCAGGAGAAGAUUCCAGAAGAUGGCUCGCUGAACACUACCAAAUAGCUUUUUCUGGGCAGGCUGGGCCAAGCCUCCAGAAGCCGUCCUCUAGCCAAAGACCAGAGGCAGCAGGAUUCUCUCCUGACUGAUGCUUCUGGAAAACCAAGGACUUGCUCCCUUCUUCCCCAGGAGCUGCCCCGUGUUUAGAAGCGGCAGCAGCAGCAGCAACAACCAUAGCGGCGGUGGCAGCGGCGGGGGAUGAGUGACAGAGAGCGUCCUAUGCCUUGGAGACUGUCAUGGCAUAAGCUGUGCUAGCACCUCCUCAGGAAAUGAGAUUGAUUUUUACAACAGCCAAUAACGUUUGCACUUUAUUAAUGCCUGUGUGUAAAUACGAAUAGCUAUGUUUUAUAUAUAUCUAUAUAUCUAUAUGUCUAUAUCUCUCUAUAUAUAGCCAUACUCUGCAAGGAGACAAAGAAAAUGAUCAAAUGUGUUCCCCGGGGAAUUAGUUUUUAUUGGAGAGCUCUAGAAUGGAGCAGAAGGGACUCGGGAUAGCGUUAGCACUUGACAAUCAGUCACACAAGCAACGAUCCCCUGACAGCAGGGUUGGGGGCACAAUUGUAUGAGAAGGAUCCAUGCCUUGCAGCCUGCUUUGGCCACAAAACACUUUGUUUUGCAAUAAUGACCCUCUACAGUAGGGUGCUUUAUGGACCAGGGAGCUGAGCUCCAGUCCAGCACUGAGUCCCAGGAUCUCCCAUGUGUCUUUGCUUCUCUUGGUUGUUAUCUUUGACAUUCAAGCCCCACUCUGACUUGUGAACCUUCUGACUUAGCCUUGAAACUUGGCCCCAUUUUUCUGCUUUUACGGGCUACCAAAAAUCAAAGAAGACCGUUCCCCACCCAUGAAAUUGGCCUACCAUCUACUAAUAAGAUUGAGUUCUUUGAUCCUUUCCUGUGCAUAAGUAACUGUUAUUUGUUCCCUGCCAUUAUCCUUUGUUGAUUUUUUUAAAACAAGGCACACCCUACACUCAGCCCCUCAGCCUCACUGUGUUUAAUUUUUGUCGCUCUGCUGCUGGGUCUUCCAGCUUGCCAUGGCAACACCAGUGGGUUCCAUUAUCCCAGCCUCCCAAAUAGCGGACAGGAUUUGAAUGGCGCACGCUGCCCAUACUGUACAGCUGUGUCCGGGGACUCUUUGAACCCUCCUUUUCCUCGAUCAACACACUGUCGAAAAAGUUAGUUGAGCUUCUUUAGAACUAUUUGGGAGGUUGCAGAGAAGCUUAGAUUCCCCAAUAAGCAGAGGAGGUGGUUCCUAGCUCCGCCCCCAGGGGGCAUCAUUUCCAGCAAGAAGGGCAUGGCUGCAGCUGCCUCACUGCUCACUCCUAAGCCUCCAGACUUCCCAUUACUCACACCCACCCCAGUCUGGAAAUGAAAGCUGCUUCCAGUCAGGAUCCAUUGUAAGAAAAGUGCGUUCGUGAGCAUGGAGAGAUAGCAAGUAAAAAUGGUUGCACCACAAGCAAGACGACCUGAGUUCAACCCCUCCAGAACCCACGACAAAAGUCAUGUUCAGUGGGGCACUCUUAUCAUCUCAGCCCUGGGAAGACGAACACCCCUGGAAGCCCAGGGCUAGGAAGAUUGUCUCCAAAGCAGGGUGAGCAGCACCCUGAGGAACAUCUGACAUUGACUGACUUCUGGUCUCCAUCACAGGUGCACCCACGAACACCCACACACACGUGCACACACUAGAAAUGUGCAUUCAUUUCACCCUGUUCUGGGAACAGAUUGGAUUGCACAAAACUUAUCUGAUGUUAUGAUUUGAAAUUGACAUAAAUUGGACAUCAGGAGACCACCUGUGUGUGACCUCAUUAGGUCAGGGCUCUUUGUAUGCAUAAUAAGUUUCAUCUGCCUCUGCAAGGGAACCUCUCUGCUCUAAGAAUCUUUCUUUAUGGCUACUGGUCUCUGCAUGGUCCUAACCUUGGCAGAAAUUACAAGUGCAUAUUUGAACAGGGGUCACACAGGACUCCUGUGUAGAGACAGGGACUCUGUGUCCACUUGGAUGAGAGCAGGGAAUGAGCUUUAAAAGGAAACUUGUUAAUCCCCCAACAAAUGUGGAUGUUGCAAACCAAAGUCUGUCUUGUUAAGAAAUUGUGUUUUUGAAGCGACUUAUUUUCAACCAAAUAGGAGCAUGAUUGGAGAACCACCAAGGGGGCCUUUUGUUCUGUUUGGUCAACAUGGUCAAAUUGGGGGUAGGACAAAAAUCUAUGUGUUCUGUGGCUUCGAACACCAUGGAAACCCCCAAGCCCACUUGCUUCUUUUGGAUUGCCAGUGCUAACCCAGUAGCUGUUGUUCACCGCCCUCUAGCGGGGAAUUUACAGAAUGCUGGUCCACUAGUGGGAUUUCUAGGGUUCAAAAGUGACUUCACUUCCGGGUCAUCAUCAGAAACUGGAAUAUGGUGUCAUGUUACUGUGGCUUGUUUUGUUUAUGUCAUUUCUUUUCUUUAUUCAAGAAAAAGACCAAGGAAUAGCAUCGCUGUCAUUCCUCAAAGUGUUGACUCUUGUUCACUACUCUACAUAAAGGGAAAGUUUUAUUCUUUUAUUGAACACUUCGGCCAUAUUCAUGUAUUCAAAUAGGAAUGUGAAUGAAUGCACAAUAUUCUUUUUAUAUCAAAACCUAAAGCACUUAUUUUCAAUCUAUGCAGUGUUUGUCUUUUAUAUAAAUAAAAAUGUCUAGUAGAUCAAAUAAAUCCAAAGUCCGCAGA